CCGCGCUCUGUUUUGAAGUUCUCGCUCUUUCUGUCUGAGUCUCUCUCUCUUUUGAUAUCUUCCGGCCGCUCUGUGAGUCUCACCGCUUAACCCAAAAACACGGUCCGGUCGUAUCUCCGCCAUGAUUGUCGAUCAGCUAAGUAACGAAGAAAAUGGUCCACAGUUUCCUUCGAGAACCAGAAAGCCAUUUCUUAUUUCAAAUCCAUCCAUUUUAGGGAUCUCAUUAGGGCGUGUUUGGAUCAUUUUCAAAUUCCAAUAAUCAGUAUUGGUGCAUUCUUAGUAAGGAUUUCCAAUUUCUUAUCAACCAGAAAUGAGUGGAAGCAGUGGGGUUGAAGGUCCUAAAGUUAAUUGGUCGGAACAUUUUAAAAAACACAAUGAAUUCUUAAACCAGAACAAGUUUCUUACUUCAAAUUUCCUCUACUCCUUACCAACACAAAAACCGAAACCUGAGCGCCAUAUGGAUACCGCAAGGUUAAUACCCUCUCAAAGAUUACAAGGUGCCCAAGUUGAAAAGGCUUGGCACGUUCUUUCCAACCUGCGAAUUUCUUGCAGGAAUUAUGUAAGACCAGGAAAAUCUGGACAAGUAAAGGGUGUGAGUGACGAAAAUUCUAAUGACAUUGGAAAAGCUACCUUGCCAAGCUCAUCUAACAUCCAUAGAAGUAUAGAGAGUAUGCAAAAACAACAAUACUUCAAUGAAACCAAUGUCAGGGUCAGUGAAACUGGAAAUUGCACCGGCAAUUAUUUUCGUCCAACUAGUGUUAGCUCUUCAGAACCAGGAAAAGAUUUUGGGGUGCAAAGUCAGAUCAGAGCAUCAGUCAUGAAUUCUCACUGUCAGGUUUCAGGUGGAUCGUUUGGCAAUUGUGGUUUUCAUAGCAGCCAUGUAAAGGAAAAGGUUUUGGCCUCUAACAUGGAUGAUGACGACAUACUUGAGAAUAUUGACGUCGACCAAAUAGUGGAAAAAUACCAAUCAACUUGUACGCCUCAACCGUCAAUAUCAAAGCUUCCUCCUAUUACUCCAACUGUUGAUAAAGAGAGUUUUGUGAGACAUGAUGGAUUUUCUUUGCCGCCAGAAUUGUGCUCAAAUUGCUGUCAUGGGUUUAAGCUAGGAAAUUGUCCAGAAGCUGCAGGUCAUUUGCAGGAAAUGAAGGAUCUGCUAAUUACCAUAUCAAAUGAGUUGCUUGACAAUUUCAAUGACCUCAGUCCAGAGCAAAUGGAGAAGCUUCGCCACGAUAGGUCUCAGCUGAAUAAGCAAAUUCAGCAGCUUGAGAGUCAUCUUCGUUCCUAUUCAGUGGAUGAGGAAAGACAAAAGUCACAUUUUUCUGCAUCUACAGCAACUCCCAGAUCUUUCCAGUAUGGAACACCUCAAGCAGCUGCAUUGAGGAUUGAUCCCUGGAGAUUUGAUGCCCAGAUUCAUCUACGGAACGAACCUGGAGGAUAUGAGAACUGCAAUUCAUCAUCAAUUUCAUUCCCUUCUGUAGAUAGGUUAGGUAGCUUCUCAGCUCCUGUGGAAAGGGAACCAUACAUCCCAAAGUUUGUUGAGGUUAACUAUAUUGAAGGUUCUACUGACAAGAAGUGGAGCACUGAAAAUUUCCCUUGGACAAAGAAACUGGAGGCCAAUAACAAGAAAGUAUUUGGAAACCACUCUUUCCGCCCCAACCAAAGAGAAGUUAUUAAUGCUACUAUGAGUGGCUAUGAUGUUUUCGUUUUAAUGCCAACUGGAGGGGGUAAAAGCUUGACUUAUCAGCUCCCUGCACUUAUUUGUCCAGGUAUAACACUGGUAAUAUCUCCUCUAGUAUCACUUAUUCAAGAUCAGAUAAUGCAUUUAUUGCAGGCUAACAUACCGGCUACUUACUUAAGUGCCAACAUGGAGUGGGCUGAACAACAGGAGAUUCUUAGAGAACUUAAUUCUGAAUAUUGCAAAUACAAGCUGUUAUAUGUCACACCUGAGAAAAUUGCUAAAAGUGAUGUCCUGUUGAGGCACCUGGAGAGUUUACAUGUUCGCGAGUUGCUUGCUAGGUUUGUCAUUGAUGAAGCUCAUUGUGUAAGUCAGUGGGGGCAUGACUUUAGACCAGAUUAUCAGGGUCUUGGCAUCUUGAAGCAAAAGUUCCCAAAUAUUCCAGUUUUAGCAUUAACAGCUACUGCAACAGCCAGUGUGAAAGAAGAUGUUGUGCAAGCUCUUGGUCUUGUCAACUGUAUUGUUUUUCGACAAAGUUUUAACCGUCCAAAUUUGUGGUAUUCUGUUAUUCCCAAGACUAAGAAGUGUCUAGAUGACAUUGACAAGUUCAUCAAAGAAAACCAUUACGAUGAAUGUGGAAUUAUUUAUUGUCUUUCUAGAAUGGAUUGUGAAAAAGUUGCUGAAAGAUUACAGGAAUGUGGACAUAAAGCAGCAUUUUACCAUGGUAACAUGGAAGCCACCCAACGUGCCUUUAUCCAGAAGCAGUGGAGCAAAGAUGAAAUAAACAUUAUUUGUGCUACUGUGGCAUUUGGAAUGGGUAUCAACAAACCAGAUGUGCGCUUUGUAAUUCAUCAUUCUCUUCCAAAGUCUAUUGAAGGUUACCAUCAGGAGUGUGGUCGAGCUGGUAGAGAUGGUCAGCGUUCAUCUUGUGUUUUGUAUUAUAGCUAUAGUGACUAUGUACGAGUGAAGCAUAUGAUUAGCCAAGGUGGUAUAGAGCAAAGUCCCUUCUCAUCUGGUUACAACCGUACCACUUCAGCUAAUUCAGGGAGGAUUCUGGAAACAAAUACUGAAAAUCUUUUGCGAAUGGUCAGUUACUGUGAAAAUGAUGUUGAUUGUCGACGUUUUCUACAACUUGUUCAUUUUGGAGAAAAAUUUGACUCUGCAACCUGCAGAAAAACAUGUGACAAUUGUUUAAAGAACAAAAGUUUCAUUGAGAAGGAUGUCACCGAGACUGCAAAGCAAUUAGUUGAACUAGUGAAGUUAACAGGACAGCAGUUUUCAUCUUCUCAUACUCUAGAAGUCUACAGGGGUUCCUUAAGCCAACAAGUCAAGAAGCACAGACAUGACACUUUGAGGCUGCAUGGAGCUGGAAAACAUUUAUCCAAGGGAGAAGCCUCACGUGUACUGCAUCAUCUUGUAACUGAGGACUGCCUUGUGGAGGAAGUUAAGAAAAGUGAUUUUUAUGGGUCUGUAUCAUCAGUGCUAAAGGUGAAUGGAUCCAAAGCAAAUGAUCUCUGCAGUGGAAGGAAGACAAUGCUCUUAAGAUUCCCAUCCUCCGUAAAAGCUUCAAAACAGAGCAAUUCUGAAGCGAUUCCAGUCAAAGGUUCACUGACAAGUGGCAAACUGAGUCCUCCACGAGUUGACACUCCUGCUCAACAACCUCAAUCGGAAGUAGACUUGAAUCUCUCAGCCAAACUAUAUUCUUCUCUACGGAUGCUCCGGACAAUUCUUGUUAAAGAAGCUGGGGAAGGGGUUAUGGCAUACCACAUAUUUGGGAAUGCUACACUGCAGCAAAUAAGCAAAAGGGUUCCCAGAACCAAGGAAGAACUCCUUGAGAUAAAUGGAAUCGGGAAGGCUAAGAUAAGCAAGUAUGGAGAUCGCUUACUUGAAACCAUUGAAGCUACGAUAAAGGAUUACUACAAGACAGACAAAAGCAGCAGCGGUAGCAAUGAAAGUGGUGAUUCCAUCAAAAGGAGGAGAAAUGGGGAUGCAAAUGCAGAUGAUAUAGAGGAAUAUGAAUUAACCAAUAGCACUGAUCGAUCAAAGAAAAGGGCAACAGACAGGCAGAGUAUAAAUGCUGCUCGCAACUCUACGGAGCCAGAUUAUCACAACCAAUUUGCAUACGAUGACAUUGAUUUUGAGGAUGGUGAUUUUGAAAUUGGUGGCUCUGAAAUGAAGACCAGCAAGGAUGGUGGUGGGAGAGUUCUACCUACAUGGUAAAAGCAGCUUCUUGAUAAUGUCUUAACUGUCAUCCAUUUGUAAUGUUUCAAAAACAUGCCAUCAGCGACAAGUUUACUUUCCUGCAUGGUAAUUUUUGUGCUAUAUGUAUUUUGAAGGGGAUUCAAACCCAUAAUUUUGUCUAAGCAAAUAGUGGUUUUAACAGUGGACGGUCCAUUUUGGAGAGUAGGCUAUCGGACAUGGAUUAAUUGGCCUUUAAAGAUUUCUUCGUCAAAAUCGUUUUGAACAUACAUCGAAUGGUAAAAAUGAUGUCAAGUUAUUUUA